AUGGGGUUCCUUGACCUUGCCAUCUGCUUGCGGCUUUUGGUCUCGAGGCUCUACGCUUUGGCUGUAUUCUUUUCAGCAAUCACCAUUGUCCUCGCAGAUGACGACGCAACUUCUACCCCCGCUCAACAGAGCGCACCCUUCGUUGACCAGGCUACCGGCCUAACUAUGGAACGCUUCUUUGGUGCAAGAACAUCGUUUGCUUUCGGCAUGGCGCUCCCUGAACAGGCAUCCGGUUCGUUCAUCGGCCAGCUCUCUUUCCCUCUGGUCAACGGCGCUGGGUGGGGUGCCAUGGGCUUGACCGGUGAGAUGGAAGGGAACUUCAUCCUCGCGGCGUGGCCAGACGGCAAGGGCGGCGUGAUGGCGUCUUUCAGACAGGCCACGAACGAGGAUAACCCGCCCGAGGUGAAGGGCAAGUUCGCGGUCCGCCCCAUAGCCGAGGGCGUUUCCGUUAACGCCACAUCGCUUACUUACACUUUUCUCUGCGAGAACUGCCUCGAUGCCACUUUGGGUCUUGGGCCGGAAGCCACGAAUGCGAAUGCCGUCAUGGGAUGGGCUUUAUCGGAGAAGGCCGUUCGGAACCCGGAAAACCCAGGGGCAAAUCUCGGGUUCCAUGAAAGAGGAUUUGGGCCAUUUACUGCUAGGCUUGGAAACGCCAAAUCUGCGCAGUUUGCAUCGGUGGCAGCUACAGCGGGAAAGCCUGUUGCAGGAUCUAAUCGGGCGGUUGCUGCGACGCCGAAUGCUUUCAAGAACGGAGGGGAUGAUGAUGAUGAUGAUGAUGAAAAGAAGGGUGGAAAGGAUGGAGGAGGAAAGAAGGGUGAUGACGAUGAUGACUGA